GCUGCAUCUGUCGACGCUUUAAGAAAAAGUUGAAUUACCUGAAAGACUAACACAAGCUUCAAAGAAUUCUUUUUUUUCAAACUGAAUCAAUUGUUAGUAACGUAAUCUGGUGAUUAUUUGAUGCUUACGUUACUUUUGGCGUUUAGCGCGCUUUUUGAGGUUAUUGGCACAGAUUAUUCUUCGAAGACAUUAUUGGGAUAUUUGAUAAUUGAGUGAACUGCAUUUGUAUUGGUUACCUUAAAAGGAGCUUACAAAUUAUUUCAACUGAAUGAUUGAAUAUCUGUAAUCAACAAAAACAACAAAAACAAAAAGAAAAUUACCAACAAUAAUCAUACCUAACUGUUACCAUCUAGAAUCCAUUUCAACUCUUCCUCUUUUUUUUCCUUUUUUUAAAUGUACCGCCGAUUUUUUAAAUCAAAAAAUGACAUAGGAACACGUUUAAUUUAUCCAAUUACAUUAAUUGAUUUAAAUCAAUUAAAAUUACCUAAAAAAUAUUUAACUAAUUAUAUUAAAACAACAAAAUAUACAAUAUGGACAUUUAUACCAUUAAAUUUAUGGGAACAAUUACAUCGUUUUGCCAAUAUAUAUUUUAUAUUUAUAUUAAUAUUAAAUUUUAUACCAGAUAUUGAUGCAUUUGCUAAAGAAAUAGCACCAAUACCAGUUUUAAUUACAUUAGCUAUUGUUGCUAUUAAAGAUGCAUAUGAAGAUUUUAGAAGAUAUUUAUUAGAUCGUAAAGUAAAUAAAAAACCAUGUGAAGUAUAUUCAAUACAAGAAAACCAGUAUGUGAUUGAUCAAUGGCAACAUCUUCGUCCAGGCGAUUUUGUUCGUUUACACACUAAUGAUAUAAUUCCAGCUGAUAUUUUAUUAUUAGCUACAUCAAAUAGUACUGGUAUUUGUCAUAUUGAAACAUCAAAUUUAGAUGGUGAAUCUAAUUUGAAACAACGUGAAAUUAUUCCCAAUUUAUCGAAUAAAGAUGAAUUUUCACCACUGACAUUUCUUUAUCCAAUUGAAGUAGAAGCCCCAAGUGCUGAAUUAUACAAAUUCCAUGGGAAAAUUCUACUUCCAGAUAUACGUAUUCCUAUUCACAAGAAUAAUAUGCUACUAAGAGGUUGUGUAUUACGUAAUACUGAUUACGUAAUAGGUAUUGUUAUAUAUGCAGGUUGUGAAACAAAGGCAGCUUUGAACAAUUCUGGUGUCCGAUUUAAGAGAAGUAAACUGGAAAAACAAAUUAAUAUGGAUGUUAUAUGGUGUGUACUUAUUCUAGUUUUAGUCUGUGUCACUGGAGCUAUUGGUAGUGCUGUUUGGCAUCAGAAUUUACCAGGUGAUGAUGUAUUGUUCGUGGCGCUUGAUAGAAAUUCUUCAACUUCAACACCUGCUUACCAAGGUUUUCUCAAUUUUUGGAGAUUUGUAAUCAUUUUUCAGACUAUUAUACCAUUACCAUUAUAUGUAACUAUUGAAUUUGUUAAAAUGCAUCAAGUAUGGCAUAUGAAUAAUGAUUUACAAUUAUAUGAUAAUCAUUUAGAUAGACGUAUUGAAAUACAUGCAUUUAAUAUACCUGAGGAUUUAGGUCAAAUUGAAUAUGUAUUCACUGAUAAAACAGGUACAUUAACAGAGAAUAAAAUGGAAUUUAAACGUGCUAGUAUUAAUGGAAUAGAUUAUAAUGCAGAUGAUGGUGAUUAUCAUGAAAAUAAUGAUCGAUUGAGUGGUCAUUCUUCACCAAAGCAUAUUAUAACAAGUUUGAAUACACUAAAAAGUAUAUUAGAGAAUAGAACAGUUUUUUCAUAUCAUCAAAAAACUAUCAAUAAUGAUAUGGAAUAUUCUGAUCAUAGUUCCAGGAAUUACUUCAUCCAUGAAAACAAGACAAAUCAUAUUGACUUUACUACGGUACAAAAAUCGAAUGACAUUCCAUCAACAAGUCAUACAAAAAUAGAUAAUGUUGUGGAUGAAAACAUCGAUAGACGUAAUUCUACGGAAAUUAAAUCUAGAACUUUUCAUAAUCAAUUUUUAUUAAGUGAAGAAACACGUAUUCAAGACUAUUUCUUGGCAUUAGCUAUAUGUAAUACAGCUGUAGUGUCUGUGACAAAAAAUACUCCAACAUUGUUUGAAGUACCUCCACGUCGUAAAGGAUUUCGUGAUUUCUUUCGUUCUGGUAAAUUAAACUCUAUAACACAUUUACAUCAAAAAUUACGUAAAACCAAACAACAACAACAACACCAACAACAACAAAGUCAACCUAAUACACUAUUAGAUAAGUCUAACAACAUAAAAGAUAAGAUGAUAGAUCCUAAUCAUUUAUCACGUGCUAAACAAACAAUCAAUUUAUCUAAUAUCUUUUCAAAUAAAUUACGUUCAAAUAGAAUAAAUGAAACAAAUGAUCAAAUAGAGAAAUUGAAUGAUCAUCAUCAUGAUAAUAACAGUAUUAUAUCUUCUGGUCCCUUGGUAACUAACCGUAUGAAUCCGAUCACUUCAACAGAUCAUGAUCUUAUCAACAAUACUAAUCAUGAAGAUACUAGUCAAGAAACUUUUGUCAUUGAUGAUUCUAAUUCUAAAUUAGAUGAUAUAGAAAUACAAUCUAUUAGAACUGAUGAAAUUGAUCAGCCAGAUGAUAAUACUAAUCCAUCAUUCAAUAUUAAUGAUCUAAAUGCUAAUUCAGCUAGAUCAUAUAAUGAACUUAUCAAAAGUAUAUAUAAUAAAGAAUCUUUACUAUUUUAUUCAAGUCGUUGUUUACCACCAGUUAUUGAAGCAUUAGAUUUAGAUGUAUCAUUAAAAAAUUCUCAGCAUAUUUUAAAUAUACCACAAAUAAAUGAUGAAAGAAAAAAUAAAAAAAUAUUAUUACAAUAUGAAAAGAAUCAAUUUAGUAGUCCAUAUAGUAUAUCAACAGAUGAAUUAAAUUUACAUAGACAACAAUCAGAUUUCGAAUCAUUAGGAUCAGCUAAUCAUCAUUUUGAUUCGAAUAGAGAUAUUAAAUUAGAUGUCCAACAAGAUAAUGAAGAAAACCCUACUAUGCUCAAAGAUUUACAACUCAAUCUUGCAAAAGAGAAAAGUGUUCAAAAUGAUAAAAAUCAAUUUGAAGAAGAAUUAGAAGUAAAUACAGCUAGAACUCUCACAGUGCGUAUACACAAUGGCAGUUCACUUGAGUUGCCUGUCGAAUCCGAUAUCUGUGCACAAAGUCCAGCCGAUUUAAAACAAUGUCCAUUAUCAGAUAAAACUUUAUUCAAUUCCUAUGAAUCUGAAAGUCCUGAUGAAAUAUGUCUAGUAAAAGAAGCAUGUAAACGAAAUUACAAAUUAUUACAACGCGGUGUCGACUUUAUGCUGCUAUGGUUACCAAAAGAUGGACUUGUUUGUAUAAAUGUAUUACGUAUUCUACCAUUUGAUUCACAAAGAAAACGUAUGUCUAUUAUAUUUCGUCAUCCAUGUACAAAUGAACCAAUAUUAUUUACAAAAGGUGCGGAUUCAUCAAUUAUGAAUCGUUUGGAUAAUACAGGAAUAAAUUCACGUGAAUUAGUAACUGCUACACAAGAACAAAUUGAUCAUUAUUCACGUUUGGGUUUAAGGACAUUAGUGAUAGCUGAACGAUUAUUGACAGAAGAUGAACUUCAGAAGUGGCUAAAAGAAGUCUAUGAAAUAGAGACUGGAAAUGAAAAUUCAACAGAGGCUAUGAUGAUAGUGAUGGAUAAGCUAGAGAGUAAUUUUAUUCUUUUAGGUGCUACAGGUAUAGAAGAUCGUUUACAAAAUGGUGUACCAGAAACUAUUGACGCAUUACGUGAAGCUGGUAUGCAUGUAUGGAUGUUAACAGGUGAUAAACAAGAGACUGCAGUGAAUAUUGCUCGUUCAGCUAAUCUGAUUACAUCACAACAUAAAGUAAUGUACAUUAAUUCACAUUCAGAGGCUCGUACAGAAUAUCUUUUAAAUUCAUACUUAUAUGGUAUUAUUAGUGGACAAUUUUAUGAUGGUUUAAAUGAAUCAAAUGAUAAACUAGAAAAAUUUUCUAAUCCACGUUAUUCUAAUACUCAACAAUACAGUCAAAAUUAUCAAACUAAUUAUCCAACUAAAAAUAGAUCUAAUUUAAUUCGAUCAUCAUCACAUUCACCACAUCGUAGUCGUACUAUACAUCGUGUACGUAUUAUUCAAACACAGAAACCAUCAUCAUUACCACGUGAUAUUACUUAUUUUCAUGAAUAUAGUAAUCAUAAUAAUAAAAAUAAGAUGAAAACAAAACAAUCGAAAUAUAUUUCUAAACUACUUAAAUUUUAUCAUUUAUUAUUUACACAUCAUCAUUAUAAUAAACAACAAUCAAUUCAUUAUAAAAGAUAUAAUAAUACUACUAAUAAUAGUAGUAAUAAUAAUUCAAUUUCAUUAGCAUUAGUAAUUGAUGGUGAAAGUUUAAAUUAUAUAUUAAAUAAUGAAAGAAAUAAAUUUAAAUUUAUUAAAUUAAUUGAAAUGUGUACUAAUAUUAUAUGUUGUAGAUCAACUCCUGGACAAAAGGCUGCUGUAGUUUGUUUAGUUAAAGAUGAAUUAAAUGCUCAAACAUUAGCUAUUGGUGAUGGUGCAAAUGAUGUUAAUAUGAUACAAGUAGCUAAUGUUGGCAUUGGUAUUAAUAGUGGUGAAGAAGGUAUGCAAGCUGUUAUGGCAUCAGAUUUUGCUAUCAGUCGAUUUUAUUUACUUAAACGACUAUUACUUGUACAUGGACAUUGUUGUUAUGAUAAACUUGCACAUGCUUCUUUAUAUUUGUUUUAUAAAGAUGCAGUUUAUAUAUUCCUCUUAUUCUGGUUUCAAAUGUUCAAUGGUUUUUCGGGUAGUAAUGCCAUAGAUCAAUUAUCACAAAUGUUAUUUAGUGUUACAAUGACUGGUUUACCACCAUUUAUUAUGGGUAUAUGGGAUAACCCAUUAGAUGAUAAAACUUUAUUAGCUAAUCCUAUAUUAUAUAGAUCUGGAAUAUAUGGUAAUGCUUAUCGUCCAUGGUUAUUUUGGAUGAAUAUUUUCGAUGCAUUAUGGCAAAGUUUAAUAGUAUUCUUUCUAUCCUAUUUUACUUAUUUUGAUGAUAAUAUUGGUUUAUGGGAAUUUGGUUUAUUCCAAACAAAUGCAACAAUUCUAUGCACAUUAUUUCAUUCAUUAAUAAUCACUAGAACAAUGGUUGUAUUGCAUGCAGUUAGCUUUUUUGUUAGUUAUAUUCUAUCAUAUUUAAUAUUUACAAUGAUCUAUCAUGCAUUUGCUGUUACUAUUGUUCCACCUGAAUGUCCUUAUCGAAUUAUUUUCCGUGUAAUGAAUGAUGUCAAAUUUUGGUUACUAACAUUGGUUACUAUUAUUUUGGCAUUAUUACCAAGUCAACUAUGUAAUGUGAUGCUCAGAAGUUUGGUAGUGUAACUUCUUAGCUGUAUCCCCAAUAUAAUUGGCUUCAUAGGAGCAGCUGUAAUGGAAAAUAUUCAUAGAUCCAGAGGAACUUAGUGGUUUAUCUUUAUUUCUUGAACUCAUCACUGGAUCGCUGAAGAAAAAUAAUCUGAUCUUGCAGCAUUGAAUGUUAGUCCUACUGUAGUGAACAGAACACUAGUUGGAACAAUCGAAUGUAUUUAAGCA